AUGGCACAAUCGAUAAAUCCGGUUAAGCUGACAAGCACACACUAUGAAGUUGAGCAACGCAGUGUUGAAAAGUUUGAAAUUGACGACAAUGUCCUGCUCUCGUCACAGUCCAAGACAUCUAGAACUGGCUCUUCACCCUUUCAGAAUUAUUACUACUCGGUAUUGGAUGGUUUUAAACGUGCACCACCAGUAACAGAGGCAGGUGCCGACCGUCAAAAGGCUAUUUCCAAGUUUGAAUUGCGUUUGAUGUCGUUGUCAACUGGUUUGGGUACUGGUUUGCUCGUGGCUGCAGGAAGUAAAUUGCGUAUGGCUGGUCCUGCUGGUGUGCUUAUUGCAUAUGCCAUCACUGGUCUUGCAAUGUUGGCACCAAUGAUUAAUUCAUUAUCAGAAUUGACUAUUGCAUAUAGUGGAUUGCCUGGUGGGUUCCAAUCUUACUACUCCAAGUUUAUUGAUGAGAGUUUGGGUUUUGCAUUGGGAUGGAACUAUGCUUUCCAAUGGUGUUGUGUUAUUAGUUUGGAAUUGGUUACAGCAGCAAUGACUAUCAAGUUUUGGACCACCACAAUUAAUCCAGAUGUAUGGGUCACCAUCUUUUUAGUGUUUGUUGUGUUUAUCAAUUUUGGUGGUGCAAAGAUGUACUCGGUAUUUGAAAGUGUUUUUAACUCUUGUAAAGUGUUGAUGCUUUGUGGGUUUGUUAUUUUUGGAUUGAUUAUUGAUGUUGGUGGUGGACCACAAGGUUUUAUUGGUGGUAGAUAUUACCAUGAUCCUGGUGCAUUUACCUCAUUUAAAGGUUUGGCCUCAGUAUUUGUUACUGGUGCUUUUUCGUUGGGUGGUUCAGAGUUUAUUUCAUUAUCGGCUAGUGAAACCAAGAAUCCACGCCAUUCUAUUCGUGCAGCUUCCAAAUUGGUUUAUGUCAAAGUUGUGAUUUUGUUUCUUGGAUCGUUGACGUUUGUUGGUUUAUUGGUUCCAUAUAAUUCUGAUAGAUUGAUGGGUUCGGGUGAUGCAGCUACGCAUGCCUCGCCCUAUGUGUUGGCUGCUGAGUUGCAUGGAGUCAAGGUUCUUCCACAUAUUAUCAAUGCAGUUAUUUUAAUUUCGGUUACAUCGGUGGCUACUGCUGCCAUGUAUAGUUCUCCAAGAUUGAUGCAGUCGUUGGCUGAACAGGGACUUGCACCCAAAUGGAUGAAUUAUAUUGACAAGAGAGGAAGACCAUUGACUGCAUUGAUUGUUACUGUGAUUUCGAGUUUAUUUGCCUUUAUUGCUGCUUAUGAUAAAGAAGAAACGGUUUUCACUUGGCUUUUAUCCAUUUCAGGUAUUUCGUUUGUGCUUUGUUGGUUGUUUAUUUGUGUUUGUCAUGUGAGGUUUAGACAGGCUUUGAAGUAUAAUGGUAUUCCAUUGAGCUCGUUGGCCUACCGUUCGCCAACUGGUGUUUGGGGUUCGUAUGUUGCCAUUCUUAUCAAUUCGCUUAUAUUGAUUGCGCAGUUUUGGACUAGUUUGUUUCCUGCGGGAGAUGCUGAUGCCAAUAAUUUCUUUGAGAAUUAUCUUGGUGCACCAGUGUUUUUGUUAUGUUAUAUUGUGCACAAGGUGUGGACCAGGAACUGGAAGUUGGGUAAAAAGGUGCUGGACAUUGAUGUCAAUAAGGAUAGGGUGAUUUAUGAUCCUGAGAUUUUGGAGUUGGAGAAUGAAGAGGAUAAGGAGAGGUACAAGAGAGCUCCAUUUUGGAAGAAGGCAUUGAUUGUCUGCUUUGAUUAA